AUGGCAAAAACAUGUGAGAAAGCUGUUUCAUUUUUUGGAAUUGUUCAGCGCAUAUAUAUAUUAUUUGCUGGUUCUACGAAAAGGUGGAAUGUUUUGCUUAAACAUGUUCCUAGUUUGACUGUGAAAUCAUUGUCUAACACUCGCUGGGAGAGUCGAAUCAAAAGUGUUACAGCAAUAAGAUAUCAAGCCAUUGAGUUAAGGUCAGCUUUGUCUGAGUUACGUGAUGCUUCUGACACUGAACCUAAGGAUAAAAGCGACGCAAAAAAUUUAUUUGAUGCACUUGGUCGCUUUGAGUUUCUAGUUGGUAUGAUUAUCUGGCAUGAUAUUCUGUUUGCUGUAAAUAAAGUUAGCAAGAUGCUGCAAUCGUCAACCAUGUGUAUUGACUCUGCUUUGAAGCAAAUAAAAGGUAUAACAGAAUAUUUUGAGAAGUACAGAGAUGAUGGGUUUUCUUCAAGUUUGACCAUCGCCAAAGGUAUUGCGACUGAAAUGGGAAUUGAUCCCGUGUUUCCAAUGAAACGUCAUGCUAAGAGGAAGAGACAGUUUGGUGAAAGUGAUUGUCAAGAAGAAAUUCUAGAAGCUGAGAAGGCUUUUCGUGUUAAAUAUUUUUUUGUUUUGGUUGAUAUGGCGGUCACUUCUUUGAAGGAUAGAUUUAAAGAACGAAUGGUGUUCAAAGAUAUCUUUGGAUUUUUAUUGAGCUCGGGCACCCUGAAGUCAUUAAGUGAUAAUGAACUUGAAGAGUGUUGCACAAAAUUUGCAGAAACAUUCUCUCUUGAUGGUUCAUCUGAUGUAGAGGUAUAUGAUCUUAUUUCUGAAUUGAAGAUUAUGAGAUUCACUUUGCCAAAUGGCGUAAUGUCUGCCAUGGAGAUUUUUGGGCAUGUUAGAGAAGUUGAUUGUUAUCCGAAUAUCUCCAUUGCUUAUCGCAUCUUAUUUACUGUGCCUGUGACGGUCGCAUCGGCCGAGAGAAGCUUUUCAAAGCUGAAAUUGUUGAAGAAUUAUUUGAGGUCAACAAUGACUCAAGAAAGGUUAAAUGGUUUGGCUACAUUAUGCAUCGAGAAGAAAUUAUUGGAUGAGAUUGACAUCGACCCUAUCAUAAGCAACUUUGCAUCGAGGAAUGUUAGAAGACAUUUUUAA